AUGCCAGUCACCGAAUUUGCAAUCCUGCCCCUCACUCAUCCACUCACCAAAGAGAAUCCAACCCUUCCAUCCUCGGUCAUCGAGAAACUCAAAACAGCAAAGGAAGUCCUGGAAACUGCAUCCAAGAAUUCAUUCCAUUAUUUUCAGCAAAUCGAGGACCCGUCUAUUAUUUAUAUUAUUGGAAAAUGGGACUCACCAGCUGCUCACGGAACAUUUCUUCCCUCCCCAGAGAACCAACGGCUGCUUGGGCUGCUUAAGGAUGAUAUUGCUAGUGGAGUCGACCCAGACAAGAAGAUGUCAAUGUGGCAUCUCGAUGUGGAUGCUUUCGAAGUAGGGAAAUUGGAGAAGUGGGUUUUCGAAGCGCCCGUGAUUAGCUGUAAUCGCCAUUUUGUACCCAAACAGAGGAGAGAGGGGUUUGAGAAGCAGUUCAAUCAGGUAAAAUACUUGCUGGAGGAGUAUACCAAACCGUAUAAGGUGAUUGGAGGCUGGAGGGUCGAGAAAGAGAGUGAGGAGAAGGAGGAAUGGGUCUUGUUCUCGGGAUUUGAAAGUGUGGAACAUCAUAUGGGAUUCGCAAAGACUGAGGGGUUUGCGGAGUAUAGGGAGAUUGUGGGUUUUGUGGAGGGGUUCGAGGUCAGACAUCUGAAGGCUAUCGAGGGGCUUUGA